AUGCAUCGCCCAUUUCCCAAAGCCGCUAUCACCCUUCUCACCAUUAUACUUGGCCUGAGAUUCUCGACACUCUUGUCAUAUUUUCAAUUGGAAGCAUCAGGAGCAUCAUCAUAUUCAAAUGAUUGGUACAAUCAAUACUACACUCCUCUUUCCAAUGGAUUUGCUAACAUACCAACAGUCCUCAUGAAUGCCGGUGGUGCUGGCCUGAUUGGGCCCUCUUUGAAAUCGCUUUCGGAACGAGCCGUUGCAAAAAGUCCAAGUAGUAGCAGUAGUAAUAGUAGACCCAACAGCAACAGCAACAACAACAAGUCCACAAGAAAACGAAGAUUAUUGCUGGGAAUAUCGACCAAAGACUAUCUAGACAAGGCAGAGCGUCAACAUCGUCGCAUCAUUCGAGAUACUUGGCUACAACAAAACUUUCAUGACGACGGCGAUCCAUCAUCAUUAUCCGAAUAUUCAUCCCACAAUAAGGUAUGCUCCCUGCACAAAUUGCUCCAGUCUACUGUUCAAGAGGACUGUCAAUUGGUCUACACCUUUCUAUUUCCCAACAAGGACAAUCAAAGGAUUACCAAUGUUGAGGAGCUAUUGGACGUUUAUAAUCACCAGGGCAAUCAUAAUGAGACCCAAGAAAGCAAGCACGAUGCCUUUUUUAUUUCCGUUGACAAUCCCAAGAAUCAUUAUGAUGUUUUGUUGCAAUGGACCCAAUUGGUGGUACAGUUAUCAUCGCAGAGAAGAUCGCUCCUUGGUAGUUUUGAUUAUGUUGGAUUUGCUACCACUCAAGCCAUGAUGUUUCCACAACGCUUCUGGAAGGAAAAUAGUGGCAUCUUUCAAUCGACUUUGCCUCAUGAAUCCAUGGUGGCUGGGAUGCCGCUUAUCAAGGAAAAAGAAGGUGAUGAUGAUGACUCAAAGGAGGAUUUUGUCACACAAUGUGGCAAGUCGUUCUGUCUGGAUCCUAAUUUCUUGUGCUUUUCCCGAGACGUCAUCCAGCAUUUCGCCACUGCCAAAGUAUUGAGCUUUGAUACCACGAUGCAAGAGGAUGGGGAUGCGGCUAGCCUGGCAUCUUCGAAAUUGUUUCAACAUUUUCAAGACUACAAAGCAAGUACUGGAUCCGGAAUAUCGUGGAAGAAACUCGUUGGUGUGCAGCGAGCAUUCAAAGCUCCAGAAAGGGUGAUUUCGGUUUGGGACGAGUACGUUGCGACUAUUACCGACUAUCGACGAGUUUCGAUUGAGAAGAAGAACCUACUGCGGCCACAAGAAGAAGAAGAAGAAGAAGAAUACCAGCAUGCUCCUGUAAUCGACUAUGAAGGAAAUCCACGCAUGCUGGUAGGAAUCUUUACCACCAAUCUCAAACCAAUUGAACGAAAGCGGCGGAAUGCUUUGAGGCAGACUUUCAUCAAAUCCUAUGACCAUACUCCCACACCCCAUCGCAUUUGCAGUUUACAAGAACUGUUGAAAAAGAAGGUUUCGGAAGAAGACUGUCAGUUGGCGUACACCUUUGUGGUCGGAGCUGGAAAGAAGAAUCAGGCACCAAUGGUCAAUGUCAAUGCCAACCACGCGGAUGAAAUGGUCAUUCCAAGCAGCCAAAUCACAGAACCAGAACCGGACGUCUUAUAUUUAAAUAUUCGAGAGAAUAUGAACGAUGGAAAGUCCGAAACGUGGUUCAAGUAUGCGACGCUUUUGGCCGAGAAUCAGUUUUACUUUGAUUACAUUACCAAAAUGGACACCGACACCCUUCUGCAUCCGUAUCCAUUGUUCGAGAAAAUGUCCAAGUGGCCCAAAUAUCCCAACAAUGUUCAUGUUUAUGGUGGGCAUUAUGUGGUGAAGCAAGAUGCUGCUCAAGGAAAAGUGACAGUAUUAGGAACCAGUUACAUGGACGGGCCCAUGUAUUGGCUGUCCCCCGAUGUGGCACGGUUCAUUUCCGAUCCCAACCGAUGCAACCAUACGGAAUUGAGGACGCAUGCCGAAGACAUGUCGAUCGGAAACUAUGUGAACUCGUUUCCGUAUCCCAUUCAUCGUCUGACGCUGAGCAAUAAAUGUUAUACGCAUCCAUUGAAGAGUUUGGAACAUUACCGAAAGCGAUGGAAACGAUACAAGACAAAGUUCAAAGAGUUUCAUCCAUAA